CCCCACCGCCCCCGCCGCUCGUCCGGCCCCCGCGCCGGGGCUUGUGGCGGGGCAGGGGCCGGCGGAGACGCCGAGUGCCCGGGGAGGGGACAGGGAGGAGCCGCGGGGAGCCGCCACCCCACGGACGGGGACAGGGACGGGGAUGAGGACCGGGACCGCAGGGCAGAGAGAGCGACACGGCCGGGAGGCGACACGCAGGGGACACGGAGCGGGGGAACACGGAGAGCGGGUGGGAUAUUGAGAGCCGAGGGGACACGGAGCACCGUGACGGGGACACGGCGAGAGAGCGGCGGGGACACCCGGCUGCCGCAGAGGGACGCGGUCGGUAGAGGCUCUGCCCACCCUCUGCCCCCUCUCUGCCCCCUUCCCGCCCCAGGCUCGAUGCGGGCCGGCGCUGGCCAUGGAGAAGCUGUACCUGGCGGGGAGCAGCGCCUGGACCAUCAACAGCUCCCUGGGGAACGGCAGCCUCCGGCUGGAGAACCAGAGCGCCGGCAGGAACAGCACCGCCGACCCCCUGAAGAGGAACGAGGACAUGGCCAAGGUGGAGGUGACGGUCCUGUGCCUCAUCCUGUUCCUCGCCCUGACUGGCAACCUGUGCGUGCUGCUGGCCAUCCACACCACCCGCCACAAGCACUCCCGCAUGUACUUCUUCAUGAAGCACCUGAGCAUCGCUGACCUGGUCGUGGCCAUCUUCCAGGUGCUGCCCCAGCUCAUCUGGGACAUCACCUUCAGGUUCUACGGGCCAGAUUUCCUCUGCCGCUUGAUCAAGUACUUGCAGGUAGUGGGGAUGUUUGCUUCCACCUACAUGCUCCUGCUCAUGUCCCUGGACCGGUGCUUGGCCAUCUGUCAGCCGCUGAGGUCCCUGCACAGGAGAGCUGACCGGGUCUCUGUCCUCCUCACCUGGCUGCUCUGCCUGCUGGUCAGCAUCCCUCAAAUCCACAUAUUUUCUCUCAGGGAUGUGGGGAAUGGGGUUUAUGACUGUUGGGCAGAUUUCAUCCAGCCCUGGGGACCGAAAGCCUAUGUCACUUGGAUCACCCUCAUGGUCUACAUCAUCCCUGUGUUGAUGCUGAGUGUCUGCUAUGGCUUAAUCAGCUUCAAAAUCUGGCAGAAUGUGAAGCUUAAGACGGCUCACGGGCCCAGAGUGGGUCUGGGCUCAGGCUCCUGCAGUGGGAUGGUGUUUGCCAGGGUCAGCAGCACCAGGCUCAUCUCCAAAGCCAAGAUCCGGACAGUCAAAAUGACCUUUAUCAUCGUGCUGGCAUUCAUAGUGUGCUGGACUCCCUUCUUCUUCGUGCAGAUGUGGUCUGUGUGGGACACCAACGCUCCGCAGGAAGCCUCCCCGUUCAUCAUCGCCAUGCUCCUGGCCAGCCUCAACAGCUGCUGCAACCCCUGGAUCUACAUGCUCUACACCGGCCACCUCUUCCACGACCUGAUGCGGCGCUUCCUCUGCUGCUCCACGCGCUACCUGAAGUCGCAGCCGGCGUGUGACCUGAGCAAGAAGAGCAACUCCUCCUCCUUCGUCCUCAGCUGCAGGAGCACGAGCCAGAGGAGCUUCGCUCACCCAUCCACGACGUGAGGCAUCGCCAGCCGGGACCUUGUGCCGCCGACUUGCUGCUUCCAGAGCUUCCCUGCGGAAAACUGGGACCCGGACGUGCUGGGGGAUCUGUAUAAAUAGGGGUAUAUAUGUCUGUAAGCAUGUACAGCAGGCGUUAUUUAACUGAGACAGGAGUGGGGGAGGAAUUCUGUGUCCAGGUUUCAGCACUGCCUGGAUUGGACACCAGGAAUCUGCUCCUGAGCCCCAAACUUCAACAUCGGUGGCUUGUGGAUGCCACUGGGAGGGACAGGUUCUGCCCCAAAUGAGCCCAGGCUGCUGGGGCAGGUGCACUGCAUCCCUGUUGGAUGGAAGGGGCUGCAGCACAGGGUCAUGGGGGACGCUGUGGGGACACGGGGGUGGCACAGGUGACGGGUGCCACCUCUAGUACAUGAUUGGGCGCUGUCCUCCCUCCACCUGAUCCCGUGGGAUCCCGUGGGAUGCCAGUGCCUGGCACUGUGCUCUCAGCACAGAUACACUUGCUUCACUUGCAGCCUGUGGGGCAGAGGCAGCCCCACCCCUGCAUCCCUGCAUCCCUGCAUCCCUGCAUCCCUGCAUCCCUGCAUCCCUGCACCCCUGCACCCCUGCAUCCCUGCACUGUGCCAGCCCUGCUCCCCUGCCCACAGACACAGAGCAGGGCACUCCUGGGGGCAGUGGGCACCAGCUUCGCAGGGCACAGUGCUGUGGCCUGGGGAUCCCUCCCCCAGCUCUGUUCCCUGUGCCCAGUGAGGCUGUGCAGGAGUUUGGAGGAGCCUGGAGUGGGCAUGGCUGGGGCCAUGGGUGUGGGCAGUAAUGCCAGGCCGAGUGUGCUCAGCAGCUUCUCUGUGGCAGGUGUGUGGGAUCCGAGCUGGACUCUCCGGGGCUGUGACAGGGACACUCCUGUCGAGUCCCCGAGGCCGGGCUUUGCUCUGGGGUCACCACACAUCCCACGGAGUCUCCCACCAUUCCAGUGCCAUUGCUUUACUCUGUAACACACAGGGCAUGCUCACAGCAUGGAUUUUUAUUGUUAACAGAUAUUGUAAAUAAAGUUUUCUGACUGUGUCUGUGGAAAGCAGGAGGGAGGUGUGGGAGGAGCACCAGGCUUAGAGAAGGAAGGGGCCUGAUGGGAAGGAAGGGGCUGUAACACAACAGCCAGGUGUGCUCAGCACAGCGACAGCACCACCUGUGGAGCACUGUCUGAGCACUGGGAUCUGUGCCUGUGGAGCACUGUCUGAGCACUGGGAUCUGUGCCUGUGGAGCACUGUCUGAGCACUGGGAUCUGCACACCCCAACAUUCCCCAGCACGGAGCUGGAGAGGGACACAGCUGGGGACGGGCAGCUCUCAAAAGGUGAUGUGAUCUGGGUUUUUAUGUUGGGAAUUAAUAUGAAAAAUGCACUUAAGAGUGUCCUUUAUUUUUUCACUGUCACCAGCAGGUGCAUUUGCACCUUUCCUAUCCUGAUAUCCCUUCGAUUUUUUUGUGGGAGCUCUAAGUGAGCUCUCAGCACUUUUGCUGACUGGUAUAAAUCCUUAGGACACUAUACAGCAUUUUCCUCCUACGUUCACCUUCUUUCUCCUUGAGAGUCACUAACUCUUGCACAAAACAAGGAAUAGGGUCCCCUUUUCUUGUGAAUCUGGGGGCCCGGUGCUCCCUCCAUCUGCCAAGGACUAGAGGGAACAUGGCAAUUGGUGUUACUGGGAUGGAUGCCCCGAGCAGAGAGGGAGCUUUGGGAGAGGCAGGGAGUUGCCCUGCAGCCCUGGCUGCAGUGCCCAGCAGUGGCUGGGCUCAGGCAGGGCCGUGCCCCAGGCCUGUGGUGCUGUGCUCUGUGACCGAGCAGAGCUGCAGGCAGGGACAGGGGGAGCAGCUGUGGGUGUGCCCCAGGGAGGGAUGCUGAA